AUGCCUUCGUCAUUAGACGAACUUUUAAGCAAAGAUGAAAUAAGGGAGUCAUCAAAACAAAAAACACCAUAUAACAUAAACAGAAAUAUUGUGUUAUUUUUAUAUGUUACGUUAAUUAUAUUAACAAAUCGUUUGUUUUUUGGAUGGCCAAAUUUAUCAAACUUAUUAUUUAGAGAUGAUGCAUAUAUAUGGAAAUGCACUAAAAAUCCAGAUGGGUCAUAUAAUAGAAUUCCUGAUAAAAGAUAUGCAUGUGAAGAACAAGAUAAAGCAGUUCAAACAAUUUUUAUAUUUGGAUCAUCUGCAUAUUUUGCAUUUUCGUUUUUCAAUGGAUUAAUAGUUGAUUAUUUAGGUUCUAGACUUAGUAUAUUAUUAGGUCAUAUAUUAAAUUUGAUUGGAUGGGUAGUAUUAGUUAUGUCAGGAGAAAAUUUUGAUGGAUAUGUUGUAGGUGGAGUAUUUAUGGCCGCAAGUAUUGAUUUAGCAUCAUUUGCAACAUUAAAUGCAUCAGGUUUAUUUCCAGGAAAUGAAAAUUUAAUAGUUAAUAUAAUAUCAGGUGCUGGAUCAUUAUCACCAGGAAUAAUGACAAUUUUAGAUAUAAUUAUAACAAAAUAUGAUCUUAAUUUCAAAACUUUUAUGUUAUGUUAUAUGGGUAUAAGUGUUGGGUUUUUCUUUAUUUUAUCAAUAUUUUUUUUUCCAAAAACUAGAUAUUAUAGACAAUAUGAGUUUGAUAAUUAUUAUAAUGCAAGGGAAUUUGUUUUAAGAACUAAUCUUGAAAAUGGAAAUCCCGAUUCCAUUGCCACCAAACAAAUAGCCAGUUUUAAAAAUGCAUCAAAAAAAAGUAAAUCAGAUAAUAAUGAUAAAAGUAAUAAAAAUUGUGGAUUUUUAAAAUCAAGAUAUUUCAGAGAUUUAUUAAAUAUAUUUACCUGUGCCCAUUUCUUAUGUUUAUGGAUAUAUGGACCUUUAAAUGCAAUAUAUAACACAUUUUAUUAUAGUGUUGUUGAGAAUAUAUUAUCAAAAGAUAAGAAUGAUUUACUUGGAUAUAUCUUACCAUUUUCUGUAAUUCCUUGUAUUAUAUUAGGAAAUUUAUCAGAUAAAUUUGGUGUAAUGAUUAUCAUAGUUUAUGAAUUAAUAUUUGCUUUAUUUAUGUAUGGAUUUAGUUUUUUUAAAUCAAAUAUUGCACACUGGGCCUCAGUUAUUUCCAAUGUUUUAUACUCAGCUUGUGCAAAUGGGCAAAUAUGGACAUUUAUAUCAUAUACAUUUAGUUCAAAAUAUCAUUCCACAUUAAUUGGAUUAUUAAAUUUUGUUUGUGGUGUUGUAUCAUUUGCUCGUAUCUUAUUGCUUGAAUGGGCCAAAAAUGUAAAUUAUGAUUUUACUUAUAUUAAUUUACUUAUUAUUGGAUUUAUUGUUAUUAAUGUGGUAGUAACAAUUAUCCUUGGUUUGAUCAUAAAAUCUAAAGGAGACAAAGUCAUAUAUGGAGAUGAAGAGUCAGAUUAA